AGAGGAGGGCAGGAACAACAGGAUGUGCCCUGAGUAGCAUAGAAACACGAGUCAGGGGAACUGGCACUAGGGCACGGGCAGGCGAAAACACAAGCUGGGGGAACGUUUUGUGGCACUGGAGCCGAUCAUUGGAUGCUUGGAUCAACGUGCAGCGUGUAACAGAGGGUUGGAUAACACAGAUCUUUCAGAGCUCUGCAUGUGUUUUUGGUGAGGUGUAUAUGGUUGCUGCUGGGAUAUGGAUGGGCCGCCGGACGGGGACAGUCGUGGCGUCCCACUGACCUGGAGGAUUUCUGGGAGAUAGACUCAAGACGCAGUGGGAGCACCUCCUGGUUGCUUCUGCUCUUCCAGCCUCAGACAUGAACCUGGUGCUCCUGGCCUUCAGGCUGAUGUGCCUGGCCUGGCUGUGGCCUGUCACRCURCUCAACGGCAGCCACCAACCCAACAAGAGGAGGCACAAGGACGUGUACCUUGGGGAGAACAGCAAGAACCAACAUGGAGGACGAAUAGACUUUAAGAUGAAAAAGUCUGACAGCACCAAGUCCCUGCUAAUUAAAUCUGAACAGCUGCUCCGUAUCGAGGACCAUGACUUUGCAAUGCGGCCUGGCUUUGGAGGGGCAGCUAUUCCUGUGGGCAUAGACGUGCAGGUGGAAAGCAUUGACAGUAUAUCUGAAGUCAACAUGGACUUCACCAUGACUCUGUACCUGAGACACUACUGGCAGGACGAUCGGCUGGCCUUUCCUUCCAGCAGCAAAAAGAGCCGGACAUUUGACGCUCGGCUGGUGAAGAAGAUCUGGGUGCCGGAUGUGUUCUUUGUCCACUCCAAACGCUCCUUCAUCCAUGACACGACCAUGGAGAACAUCAUGUUGAGGGUGUACCCUGACGGCAACAUUCUCUACAGUGUCAGGAUCACUGUGACUGCUCUUUGCGCCAUGGACUUCAGUAGCUUUCCUUUGGACACACAGAAAUGCUCUCUGGAACUGGAGAGCUACGCGUACAACGAGAACGACCUCAUGCUCUACUGGAAGAACGGGAACGAUUCAUUAAGGACUGACGAGAUCGUKCUCUCGCAGUUUUUUAUUGAAGAAUUCCACCCUUCCUACGGGCUUGCCUUCUACAGCAGCACGGGUUGGUAUAACAGGCUCUACAUAAACUUCAUCCUCAGGAGGCACAUCUUCUUCUUCAUGCUGCAGACCUAUUUUCCCACCAUGCUGAUGGUGAUGCUCUCCUGGGUGUCCUUCUGGAUUGACAGGAGGGCUGUGCCUGCCAGAGUGUCACUGGGUAUCACAACAGUUCUGACCAUGUCCACCAUCAUCACAGGCGUGUCAGCCUCCAUGCCUCAGGUGUCUUAUGUAAAAGCUGUGGACAUCUACCUGUGGGCCAGCUUUCUGUUCGUCUUCCUGUCCGUCAUUGAGUACGCCGCUGUCAACUACUUCACCACGGUGGAGGAGAUGAAGAAGCUCAAGGGGGGAAAGAUCCCUGCAGAUUUCAAUGCCACUCAAACUAUGGCUUUUGACGGAUGUUACCAUGACAAUGACAUUGACCUGACACCCUUCCCAGAGCUCCUCAGCACCCCCAACACAGAGCGGAGUCGGACRGCCACGUCCAGGAACUCUGCUGCAGAGCCCCCACCCACAGAGGGCACCAGGCUACGACGCAAAAAAUCCAUCAAACACAACCUCAGCUUCAUCAUGAGUAACAGCUACAUGAUUGACUCCUACUCCAGAGUCGUCUUCCCCAUGACUUACCUGAUGUUCAACAUCAUCUACUGGAGCCUGUACUCAUGAGUGUGUACUCUACWAAUAAAGAUGGACAGAACUACACUGCAGWACUACACUGCAGAACUACACUAGAGAACUAUACUGCAGAACUACACUGCAGAACUACUCUGAAAAACCAUACUAGAAAACCAUACUACAGAACCAUACUACAUAACCAUACUAGAGAACCAUACUAGAGAACUAUAUUCCAUAACCAUACUAGAUAACUACACUACAGAACUAUACUACAGAACUACACUGCAUAACUAUACUAGAAAACUAUACUAUGUAACUAUACUACAGAACUACACUGCACACCUACACUACAUAGCUAUACUACAUAACUACACUGCGUAACUACACUACAUAGCUAUACUACAGAACUAUACUACAGAACUACACUGCAUAACUAUACUAGAAACCUAUACUACAGAACUAUACUACAGAACUACACUGCAUAACUACACUACAUAGCUAUACUACAGAACUAUAUUGCAGAAUUAUACUGCAGAAUUAUACUACCAUACAUCAUCUAAUAGGUUAUUCACACUGACAACAGCAUCAUCAUCUAGCCGUUGUAUUCUGCCACCCAUUGGAUAAUGACCUUAACCAUUGGUGUCUACCAGAGUGUAUCGUGGGAGUUUUGGACAGUCAAGCCCAACUGAAGAAAAGAGACUAUUGAGUAAACCUGCUUUUUAUUAGAAAUCUGGGUUCAGGUGGGAAGUUGGUGGUACUGUUCAUGGGAGUGUUUCUAUUGUAAUUAGGGUUGCAUACUGGUAAUUUACCAAAAUUGCCAGAUUAAUUAACAGGUAAUCUAUGGCAAUGGUAACUUUGGUAAUUUAUACUUGAAUAACUUUGGAAAAAGUUUAUUCAUAUGUAGUAAUMAUUUUUUAUAUAUGUGUCCAUAUUGUCCAUGAAUUUCUAGURGAUAGACUAUGGUUCGAGAGAAAAUCGCCUAAUUUMAUUUWAAAAAGCAUCUAAUCAACCAAUGACAUUAUUUUCAAUUAACUCUGAAACUCUGCAACUCUUCCAACUAUUGACUUUUUCACAACUGCAACCAGUUUGGCUCCAAAAAAUGUACAAGUACAUAUUGAAAUAGUAAAAUAAAUAAAAGUGUGUAAAGAAAAUAUAAAGGUUAUUUGAUGCUGAAACUCUCAUAUUAAACACCAAUGGUAUUCAUUAAGUUGCUGGUUUAUAUUUAGGAUAAUGUUUUACAGAUUUGUAUAAUGUUAGAAUCAUCUUAUUUGAGUAUUUUAAAUGUUUUACAUGUGAUAAGGCCACACAGAUGGCCAGAGAUAAUGACAGACACCUGUGGUAAUCUGAAGUACCCAAAAGGGCCACCAGAUGUCUUGCGAUAAAUUACAUUUAAUCCUUUAAAAAGUUACUACAAAAAUUCUGGUAGUUUAAAGGUCAACUUUGAAAGUUUCCAGUAAUAUACUCUCCGUUUGCAACCCUAACUGUAAUGGACAGUUGUUUUUUGUCCACUGGUUUAUACAUUUAGUUAAUGUGAGUAGUAUGAAUUUAAAUGUGCAUGAAAAUUAAUGUAUACAWGCAUGUGUCUGUCAAAUCAGUGAAUAUAAGUAAAAUAUACUAUAUCAUAUUAGCUUAAAAUAAAACAUUUAUUUUAAUUUA